ACGCCACGUUCCUCCAUCGAAGACGUAUCAAGUUUUUUCUAUACCAAGCCGCCGGCGUUUUCAGCUCACAAUUACCGCCAUCGCUCUCACCCGUAAGCUCUAUGCCGGUUGUGUGGUGAACGGCUCUCCGUAUUCGGGCAAUUUGGACAGACAGAUCAUUGACACCAAGAUCCCAAGAUUUCAAUAUAAAGAGCCAUGUCGAUUAUUAGCAGAUCCAGACGGAUUUUCUCCAUAGUAUUGGAGAGCAAUAAGAAUCCUCGUUUGUAUUCCAGUGUCACUGCAAAUGCUCCCAAAGAACCCAUUAUCUCCUCUUCUAUCCUCAGUGAUCAAGCUGCAUCUUCAAUUCCACCUCCACCACCGGAAAGUGCAGCAGCCGCCAAAGGAGGUGGUGGACAGCCAUGGAGUUUUCUCAAGUAUUCUAUAAUUGCAGCAGUUACUGGAGGUGUUGCCACUGCUGGGUAUGCAACCUAUGCAUACAGUUUAGAAGAAGUUGAUGAGAAGACUAAGGCUUUUCGUGCAUCAACCAAAGUCUCUAUAGGUGAUGAUUUGUCUUCUUUUGAGAAAUUUCAAGCUAUGCUAAAAUCAACUGCAAUGACAGUUCCUGCUAAGUUAGUUGAGCUUUAUUUGGAUCUGCGUGCAUCUACAGAAGAACAUGUUCGAGGUUUUACUGAACCCUUGUCAGAUAAGCUCCUUCCAGAUUUGCACCCACAAGAACAACAUGUAUUUACAUUGGUUUUAGACCUCAAUGAAACUUUACUAUACUCCGAUUGGAAGCGUGAUCGAGGUUGGAGAACAUUUAAAAGACCAGGAGUUGAUGACUUUUUAGAGCAACUAGCUCGGUAUUAUGAAAUCAUAGUCUAUUCCGAUCAGCAGGCCAUGUAUGUUGAUCCUAUUGUUGAUAGAUUGGAUGGAAAUCACUGCAUAAGGUACAGGCUUUCAAGGGCUGCAACUAGAUAUCAAGAUGGGAAGCACUACAGAGAUUUGUCAAAACUUAACAGAGAUCCUUCAAGAAUUCUGUAUGUGAGUGGUAAUGCUCUUGAGAGUUGCCUUCAGCCAGAGAACUGUGUACCAGUAAAACCAUGGAAAUGUGAAGCUGAAGACACUGCACUUGUGGAUCUUAUACCAUUUCUUGAAUAUGUUGCACGCAAUAGGCCUGCUGAUAUUCGGCCUGUACUAGCUUCAUAUCAAGGACAUGAUAUAGCCAAAGAAUUCAUUGAACGUUCUAAAGAACAUCAAAGGAGAAUGCAGGAGCAGAAGCAACCGGGGCGUCUGUGGCGACGCUGAGUGAAUCUGUUAGCGGAGGAUUUGAGAUUGAGAAUUGAUGAUAUAAUGAAUUAAUGAGUAUGAAACUGUUAGGCUGCAUUGCAUGCGUAUGAUAUAUGAUGAUAUGAUAUCAUAAAAUAUAGAGAAUGAUUUAGUUAGUGAGAUUGGAUUCUUCCAUCUCAUUUUGUUGUCGCUUGGUAUAACCAUUUUUGGAUCCCCUAAAUGUCUUUCUUACUUUUCUCUCAAGUUUGAGAAUAAAUAUACAUACACUCGUACAUGGCCC